AUGUCGAGCCGCCGUGGCAGGAUCACCGACGAGGAGAUCAACGAGCUCAUCUCCAAGCUCCAGGCGCUGGUCCCGGAAUCAUCCCGCCGCCGCUCCGCGAGCCGGUCGUCGGCGUCGAAGCUGCUGAAGGAGACGUGCGGAUACAUCAAGAGCCUCCACCAGGAGGUCGAGGACCUCUCCGACAGGCUCUCGGAGCUAAUGUCGACCUUGGACGAGACCAGCCCCCAGGCCGAGAUCAUCCGGGGCCUUCUCCGCUAG